AUGCAUCGACUUUUUGCUGAGCUGGAGCCAUCUUUAACUGUCACAGAGCAAAACCUGGCAGACCGAGUUCGGUAUAUCUUGCGCUCAAUAUAUUUGAUGUCGCCGAACUCGAACGGCUACGACGUGAGGCUGUUCCCUUCGUCGGAUGAAAAUGCUAAGGCUGAGGAUGCGGCGCCACAAAUGGUAGAGCAAACCGCAAACGUGGAUGCCGUCGUGAAUACGCCAGUUGUGGUUGAUUCAAACGAUGACGGAACAGUCGCCCAGGAACUGGAACUAGAGCAUAUGAGGAGUACAUUGGAAGAGGCGAUUGUGGAAACGCACAGUAUGCCUCUCGAAAAUCGACCGCGACUUCCCCGCGUAGCCCUAAGCAAGCGGAAUCGGGCUGUCGUGAGGGCUCUGAAUCUAAUGCUGGUGACCUAUUUGGAAGCCAGCCGGGACCUUUGCGAGACGGACUCAAUUCUUUUUGGCGCCGCGUUGGCAGCCUGCCGUAUCAUAGGCGCCAAGGUUUCCACGGCUGGACGCGCUACUGGCCAUAGUAGCGCUAUCCCAGCAUGGAGAAGAAGAAUUGAGGAACGUAUCGCAAGAGCUAGAGCUCUCAUCGGCAGACUGAUAUGCUUCAGGUCAGGCAACAACAGUCCAAGGAUUGUGCGCACCGUCAGGAUGGCGUUUGCUGGGACAAAUGUCAGUUUGUCCCAGCCGGAUAUAACGCAAAAACUGACGGAGCGCAUAGAUGAUCUGAAGCAAAGAAUCGCUGCUUGGGGAAAGCGGAUUCGGCGAUAUACCGAGAGGUCGACACGGUUCAACCAGAAUCGUCUCUUCCAGAGUGAUCAGAAGAGGCUCUAUGAAUCAUUGGAGCGACCAAUGGUAAGUGGAAAGGGCCCAGCACCGAAUCAGGCCGAUACGGUAGCAUUCUGGCGCGGCCUGUGGUCAGAGCCCGUAAACCACAGCGAGGGCCCUUGGACGGAAGUUGUGGUGAGUCAGUGUGCGGGUAUUACGCCCAUGGACCCAGUCACCAUAACGCCGGAUGACGUAGCUGAGGCGGUCCGUAUGGCCCCGAACUGGAAAAGUCCGAGGCUUGACGGGCUGCAUCACUACUGGCUGAAGGGGUUCAUGAGUGAUCAGAAGAGGCUCUAUAAAUUAUUGGCGCGACCAGAGGUAUGUGGAGCGGGCCCAGGACCGGAUCAGGCCGACACUGUCGCAUUUUGGCGUGGCCUGUGGUCAGAGCCCGUAAACCACAGCGAGGGCCCUUGGAUGGAAGUUGUGGUGAGCCAGAGUGCGAGUGUUACGCCUAUGGACCCCGUCACCAUAACGCGGGAAGACGUGGUUGAGGCGGUCCGUAUGGCCCCGAACUGGAAAAUCCGGGGCUCGACGGGCUGCAUCAAUACUGGCUGA